GUGAUGACGUCAUAAAAAGGGCGGCUCUGACCGGAAGUGCAAAGUCUCGCUUCGUCUCCUAAACGCAACAAACAUCUUUUCGCCUUCAAUUCUUUUCAUUUCCACCGAUUUCAGUCUGCAGGAACUCAUCGUAAAAGGCAGGAUGUCUUUGACCAUGACACGAUCUGAUGGGGUCACCGUCAUGACGCUGACCUCCGACCCCAAGAGUCGUUGGCCUCCACUCUGCCAGAUCCUGUGCGGGCUGUGCUACAGCCCCUUCUGCUGCUCAGUGUCCCAGCACCUCAGGGCGGCCAUGGGGACGUCCCAGUCCACACUCGGGGCGCUUCAUAUAAUGGUGGGCUUGCUCCACAUCGGCCUGGGAACCAUCCUCCUGUGCACGGGACCUGCCUCCUGGUGGCAGAUGGAGGAAACUGCAUUCCCUGAGUGGCUGGGAGGAUUGUUCAUGUUAUUCGGCAUCGUCUGCAUUUUGUCCGAGAAGUACCCGAGUCCAUGUCUGGUGACUGUCAACGUGAUGUUGAACAUGCUGGGCACGGCCUUUGCCAUCACUGCCAUCGUACUCUACAGCCUCAACGUGGCAAACAUCAACUUGUGGCGCUGGUGUGACCCUGACCAGGACCAGUAUGACUGGGGGAGAAGACCCACCCCCAAGUCCACCAUGAGCCCCAGUGAUGAGCUAAUGAAGGAGCGAUGCUUGGAGGGGAAAUAUCUAUUUGUGAUGCUGGUGAGAGGCAUCCACGGGGUCCUGAUAGUGCUGGCUGUCCUGGAGCUCUGCCUGACCAUAAGCUGCUGUGUGUUGUCCAUCAAGGCUCUCAAGCGCAACAACCAGCCCAUGAAGAGCCAGGAUGCUGAGAAGUACAGCCCACUUCUGGAGGAAGACCCCCCUCAUGCCUGAGGACAUCUUCUUCCUUGUAGUCACUCAGCAACUUCCUGCCUGCCAGCUCCAGUUCUUCAUUUCCUAAAGUCCCUUUAAACAUAGCACCUUCACCAACUUCUAGCAACUUCCUGGCUGCCGGCUCCAGUUCUUCAUUUCCUAAAGUCCCUUUAAACAUAGCACCUUCACCAACUUCUAGCAACUUCCUGCAUGCCAGCUCCAGUUCUUCAUUUCCUAAAGUCCCUUUAAACAUAGCACCUUCACCAACUUCUAGCAACUUCCUGCCUGCCAGCUCCAGUUCUUCAUUUCCUAAAGUCCCUUUAAACAUAGCACCUUCACCAACUUCUAGCAACUUCCUGCCUGCCAGCCAGCUCCAGUUCUUCAUUUCCUAAAGUCACUGGCUGUCAUUGGCUGUUUGAAGUUUUUUUUUUUUAUGGGCUGCGGCCAAUCAAUCAAUCAAUCAAUCAAUCAAUCAAUCAAUCAAAAAAGGAAGCAUGAAAAGUGCAAGAAAAGAGGUGUGGUGUAAGGAGAAAGUGUUGCAAUAUUGACACUGAGGUUGCUGUGAAUGAUGUGUUCAAUGUUGCUGUGAAUGAUGUGUUCAAUGUUGCUGUGAAUGAUGUGUUCAAUGUUGCUGUGAAUGAUGUGUUCAAUGUUGCUGUGAAUGAUGUGUUCAAUGUUGCUGUGAAUGAUGUGUUCAAUGUUGCUGUGAAUGAUGUGUUCAAUGUUGCUGUGAAUGAUGUGUUCAAUGUUG